AUGUCUACUGCAAAUCAAUGCAUUCUUGCAAUCGGAAAGACAGGAACUGUAAAAAGUUUUACGGGAAAAGUUUUUGGUGCACAAAGUAAUUCAAAUGUAGAUGAAGUUACGGUUCAUGAUAUUGGAAGUGGGAGCCUUUAUAUUGAUACCCCUGGAUUUGAUGAUUCCGAUAAAGAUGAUAAAACCAAACGUUUAAUUCUUCGUACGAUAUUCGAUAAAAAUAUUUCUAAUAUAACAACAAUUUUAUGGUUUGUCGAUCCUAAAAAUGGAACAUCAAACUCGUGGGAAAGUGAGGCAAGAUUUAUUGAGUCAUUAGCAGAUAACUAUGUCGAAAACGUAUGGGACAAUACGAUUAUUGUCACCAAAGGAGACAAAAUUGAAAAUGGCCCUCGUGAAGCAGCCAAAAAAGUGGCCAGGGAGAAGUAUGAAGAAACAAAUAAAGAAUCAUUUAAUGGCGAACAUGACCUGCUUGCAAAAACCGCUGAUUUUGCAAUUCAAUUAUUUGAAAGCUUACCAGAAGAUAGUGAUAUUCAUGAGACUGACUUAUCAAGCGAUGAGCUAAACGAACGUAAUAUUUUUAAAGAAUCUGAGCCAGAAAGAAUUCUUGUAAAGUACGAAUCAUUAAUGGAAGAGCACCCUAGCCAUCCUAUAAAAUUAAAUUUUAUAAAAGUUCGAUGUUCAAAAUGUCCAGAAUAUACUGAUCCAAGGCUAGCAGUACCAGAAUGCCAUACGGAAGCUGAAUUUUCUCAUGGAGAAAUAGAAAAUAUUCACCGUGGGGAAAUUAUACACGAACAUUCAGAUAAUCUUCUUUAUUAUCAUUCUGGUUCGUUAAAAGCUUAUCAUCCAGAUUCACGUACUAGUGUUCAUCCUGGUAAACGUCAUGAUAAUGAAUUGGAUAAUAGUUUUGGUGCUUGGGCAAAGGGUGCAAAGGGGUUUAUUCUUGCUGCAAAAACGAUAAUGAAGGUUGUUGCCAGAAGUAUAGUUGUUGUGAUCAUGGUCCCAAUAAUAGUGGAUGCCAGAAAAAAAUAUGGUUGUUGCGAUCAAUCUGACACAAGUGAAGGAUGUCAAAGUAUCUAUAAUCUUUGUAAACAUAAGGUUGGUGAAAGUCCUUGCAGUACGAUUUGUAAAGAAUGUGGGAAAGAUUCGAAUACAGAAGGUUGCAAACAACAGUGCAAAAAUUGCAAAAAUCCACAAACCGAGAAUGGGUGUAUUACUACACCACAUGUUUUUCUUGCUAGUUAG